CAAACCCGAAAUAUCUGUCAGUAAUGAGUUAGAAGAGCAGACACAUGGGCUUGAGGGGCUUACAGUUGAUUUGCUGACCCUUUUUCUUCCCCCAGAAGCACCCAGAAGAGCUGUUACUUUGAAGACUAUUAUUUCGUUACAUCUGCCUUGAAUCUGGACACAUUACACAUUUUGACAGAAAAGCUGUUGGAGUGUUUUGUUCUGUCAAAACCACAGGAGAUAUCAUCACUGUUUGUGUCAGACUGGGGCCAUGUCGGCUGACAGACUGAGCAGCGUGUCAGAGGAGGUGAAGCCAGAGAGCGUGUCGCUGCGUCCCCUGGGCACGGCAGCUGCCCCUGAGCAGGAGUUGCUGUGUAUCUUUGGGACGGGGGACUUUGGGCGCUCUCUGGGCCAGCGUCUGCUCCAGUCUGGCUACAGGGUGGUGUACGGCAGCCGCAGACCUCACAGCUGUGGCCCCUUGCCUCAGGGAACUCAGGCGAUGAGCCACGAGGCAGCAGCCCAGUCAGCCAGUCUGGUCUUUAUGUGUAUUCACAGAGAACACUAUGACUUCCUGGAGACAACACUUGCACCUCAACUCAAGGGGAAGGUGGUGGUGGACGUCAGCAACAACCUCAAGAAGAAUCUAUACCCAGAGGCCAAUGCUGAGUAUCUGCAGAGGCUGAUCCCCGGAGCUCAUGUGGUGAAGGCUUUUAACACCUUGUCUGCCUGGGCCCUGCAGAAUGGACCCUCAGAUGCCAAUAGACAGGUGUAUCUGUGUGGAAACGAUGCAGAGGCAAAGCAGGCUGUAGCAGAGGUUGCCACCAAACUGGGCUUCACUGCUCUGGAUAAAGGGUCUCUGUCAGCAGCCGGAGAGCUGGAGGACUUCCCCCUGCAGCUCUUCCCAGAGUGGAGGCUGCCGCUACGCGUGGCCGUCGGCCUCACCGCCUUCUUCUUCUUCUAUGUGGUCAUCAGAGAUGUCGUCUUUGCAUAUGUUGUCCAGGGGAAAGACAUCUCCUUCAGAAUCAUGGUGUCCCUGGCCAACAAGGUGUUUCCAAUUGUGUCUCUCAUCAUGUUGUCUCUGUGUUACCUGCCUGGUGUCAUAGCUGCCUUCCUUCAGCUCUACAGAGGCACCAAGUACAGGCGUUUUGCUCACUGGUUGGAUCGCUGGAUGCUGUGCAGGAAACAGCUGGGACUGGUAGCACUUGGCUUUGCUUUUCUACACGUGCUCUACACUCUCGUCAUCCCCAUAAGAUAUUAUGUAAGAUUCAAAAUAGCUGCAAAUACCAUCUCACAGAUCAGGGAGAACCGAACAUCAGUGUUUGACAAUACCUCUGCCUGGCGUACUGACUCUUACUACUCUAUCGGAAUGCUGGGAUUUGGCCUGUACCUCCUGUUGGGAAUAACCUCUCUCCCCUCUGUCAGCAACGCUCUCAGCUGGAGGGAGUUCAACUUCAUACAGUCCAAGCUGGGAUACCUGACAGUGUUCUUCUGUACCUUCCACACCUACCUGUAUGGCUGGGAUAAGUUCCUUCGUAUCUCUUCCUACAAAUGGUACACUCCUCCGGCCCACAUGCUCUCUCUGGUGCUGCCCUCCGUGUUGAUUGUGCUCAAGCUGCUGCUCCUCCUGCCCUGCGUGGACCGCAGCCUCACCCGCAUUCGACAGGGCUGGGAGAGGACUGAUGCAGAGGAUGGCAGUGAGAAAGCACUGCUAACAUAGAGACAAUUACAGACACAAAAACAAUGGUAUGCACAGGAAAGCGCAGACACAAAGAUACGCUUGCCUUCCAAGAUCAUCAGGUAACCCCGACUCAUUGUUUCGGAAGUCACUGAGUCAUCCGAGACUGUAAAAUUGCACGAUGUUCUUCAACUGAUUGAAACUCCUUUCAGUGUCUCAUUGUGUAAUCAUCUUGUAAAUGUUCCAUUUUGUAAGCACAAUAUAUGACACAAUGCCACUGUGUAGGCUUUCAGUUAUACAAAUACCUUGGAACCACAUAGAGUAUCACAGACACAUGCAUUAAAGCAGACGCACAGCAUUUUAACUCUAUAAUUUCAUUAUACCCAUGUACAUCCAGUAUUGUUACAGACUCUAACUCAGAGACAGGCGACUUUGUUGUAUUUCCCUUAUCAGUUUGACUUUUUAUACUUUUAUACUCUUUUACACCUCAGAGUUUCUCAUCAACCUUUAUCUACAGGGUUUGCAAAGUCUGAGACUGUGAGCCUCCCCUCAGACAAAGCUUGGAAAAAGGCACCCUGCUCAACAAUUGAGCCAAGAUAACUUAAUAUUGACAUAACUCAGACUACACCAAAUACAUAAAAAAGGUCUGUCUUAAGACAUUAAUUAACAAUUAACAAUUAAUUAUCAAUAAAAAUCCCCCAAACUACUGUGAUCUUCUUUUGAUAACUAUUGUAAUAUUGUUUCACUUCCAUUCAUUGAGCCUCCCCUGAAACAGUUUGGAGCCCCCGAGGCUCGCCUCACACUUUGAAAACCUCUGAUCUACAGUGUAUGGCGGCUUAUGUUUAUUGGAUUUACAUUGAAUCUUUUUCUGUAAAUCUAGAUUUUUGGAUCUUUUGUUGUUCUUCCUUAUUAAUUUUGCUAUAUGCCAAGUUCAACCACUGUUCAAUAAACUAACAGCAUAGCCUUGA